AUGGGCUCUCACGAGCGGGAGCUGCAGGCGCAGCUGGAGGAGAGUCGGCGGCUGCUCUUCAAGUCGAAGACAGCGAUCGAGCAGCUCCAGAGCGAGCUGGACUCCACGCGCCGCGCGGAGGAGGACCUGCAAGCCAUCGUGGUGCAGCACCAGCAGGCGGCCGUCGCGUACGACCAGCGCAUCCGCGAGCUGGAGGAUGAGGUGAGCUUCGCGAGACAGAACAACACGGCCACGACCGCGGAGGUCGCGGACCGCGACCAGGCCCUGCGGCGCAAGGCAGUGGAGAUGGACACUGUGAGCAAUCAGCUGGCGUCCCUCAAGGGGCAGCACAACGCGCUCCAGAGCGAGAAGGCCGACCUCGAGGACCGCGUCGCCACGCUCGAGAUCGACCUCGACACCAAGUCCAAGCACCUCGCGAAGAGCCAGGACGACCUGCGCCUCGCGAAGGAGGAGGAGGCGCAGCUGGACCGGCUGCUGCAGGAGCGCUCUCUCGCGUUGCAGGACGUCACCGGCCGACUCUCCGCGGCAGAGAAACGCAUCUCAGAGCUGUCCGCGGACUGCGCGCACCUGCGCACGGAGCUCGACGAGACGCACAAGGCGCGCGCGGCCGAGCAGGAGGCGCACGCGCGAGAGCUAGCGGCGCUGAACGACCGGCACGCAGCGCGGCUCGCCGACGUGGCCGCGCAGCACGGCCGCGAGCUCGACGCCGAGCGCGCGAAGUUCAAGGCGCUGCGCGAGGAGGGCCGCCGCGCCAUCAAGGACCUGCAGGAGGCGCACGAGAAGGUCCUGGGGGACGCGCGCGCAGCCCACGAGCGCGCCGCCGCGAAGCUGGAGCGCCAGAUCGAGGCCGGGAGGGCCGAGCUGGCCGAGGCGAAGAAGGAGGCCGAGGCCGCGCUGGCUGCGCGGCUGGCGGAGGAGCGGGAGCGGUCUGCGGAGCGGCUGCAAGCGCUGGAGGCGCAAGUGGCGGAGCGGCGCGCGGAGCUCGCGGACGCGAAGGCGGCGCACGCGGCGGCGGCGAAGGCGCAGCGCGAGGAGGCGGCGGAGCGGCUGCGCGAGGUGGAGGCGCGGUGGCAGGAGCGGCUCGACGCGGCGCACGCCGACGCGGCGGCGACGCAGGCCGCGGCCAAGGAGGGCGCGGCGAAGGUCGAGGAGGGCUUCGCGGCGCGGAUCGCGCACCUCGAGCGCUCGCACAUCAUGAAGAUCGAGUCGCUCGAGAAGUCGAUCGAGGAGAUGGCGCGCGCGCACGAGGCGGAGGUUGCGCGGCUGCGCGAGCUCGCGGACCGGCGCGCGGCCGACGAGCGCGAGGCGGCGGCGGAGCGCGCGGCGGGGCUGCAGCACGAGCGCGACGAGCUGGAGGCGGCGCUGGCGGACGCGAAGGACGAUGGGCUGUCGCGGCUGCGCGCGGCGGAGGAGAUGUUUGGCGCGAAGAUCGAGGAGCUGCAGGGGGCGUUCGACAGCACGCAGGCGCAGCUGGAGGAGUCGUGCGUGCGGCGCGUGCAGGAGCAGGAGGCGCAGCACCGGGCCAUCGUGCAGGACCUCAACCGGAAGCACGACGAGCGGCUCCACGACGUCGAGCGGCGCCACCGCAAGGAGAUCAAGGAGGUCUGCAGGGAGGCCGAGGCCAAGUUCGCGUCUGUCGGGCAGUACGUCGACGCCCUGUCGAAGCGGCUCGCGAAGCGGGAGAAGCGGCGGGCGCAGGUCGGCGCGGAGGUGGGUGCGCUGCGGGGCGAGCUGGAGCGCGAGCACGCGCGGCGGACGCAGGUGGAGAAGGCGCUGCGCGAGGCGGCGAGUGCGUUCAAGCAGGAGAUGUGGGACAAGAGCCACGAGCUGAGUCAGGUGCAGGUGGAGCUGCGGCAGCUGCGGGAGUGGCAGGCGAAGAGCCUCGAGUCGUUCGUGCACAACAUCUACCAGAUAUCGCGCGAGCACACGCUGACGCGGAUGGCCAUCGAGGGGCCCGCGGCGGCAAUGACGGCGCCCCCCGAGGCGCGCAGCCCCGUCGCGCAGCCGCUGCACGCGAUGCGGCCGCCGUCGUCGGUGCGCGCGGGGGGCGCGCACGGGUUCGGGGACUCCAUCUCGUACGCGCGGGGGAUCAGCAAGGGUCUCGACGAGAGCGGUAGCAUGCCCGGACACGUGUGA